AGACGCAUUAAUAACAUUUGCUGGUUUCCAUUAGUGAAAAUUUUUGGCCUGUUGUAAAACUUUUUCCGGCCACUAGGAGGCAGCACGGAAUCACUGACAAACGUCCAAGGACUUGCUCUCUUCUCGCGAGGUUUCCGCCCUCUCUUUCUUUUCUCCACCCGUCGUGCAUCCGCACUGUACGCGGGCCUUGAGAUACCGGGUCUCGGGUCCUAGGGCGGAUUGUUAUGAAUUUAGGAGGUCGGUGGCUGAAACCGAGCGAAAUGCCGAAGGAAAUGGAUGUGGACCAAGACCUUCGUUCCUGUGGCCAAGAUCCACUAUCUAAAUGCCUCCAAGCCAAAAAGGAACUGGAAACUGCUAUUCAGGCACUGUUAAAGGCAGAGCAACAAGUGAAAGACAAUGGCAGAGAGGUGAAGGCCCAGAUCCAGUCAUGCAUUAGUCGCCACCUUGAAUGUCUGCGCAGCCGUGAGAUCUGGCUUUUGGAGCAGGCAGAUCUAAUACAGCAGCUGAAAGAGGAAUCCCUGCAACAACAAACUCAGCAGCUUUACUGGUUGUUGGGACAGUUCAAUUGCCUGAUUCACCAACUGGAAACCCCUCACAGUAAUGAUCUUGCCAAUCAAAUUACUGUUUGCUUGGAGAGACUGGGCAGCCUUGGCUUGAAACCAGAGGAAUCUUGUUCCAUGCAGUUUGAAGCAGAUGUUGCUUCUCUUAGAAAAGCUAUUACUACAUUUGGAUCAAUUAAAGUAAUGAACUGUGACGAAAUGCCAGAAAAUGUAAGCACUGCCCCAUGCAGUUUUGUCUCCCAGAAUCCUUGGCUUCUCGACAAUUGCUACGUUUCUGGAACUGAACAGCAGAAACCUCUUUCUACAUUGUGGAACACCCAUCUGUCAGACUGGCUUCUAGAAGGCAAAGGAAAUAACCUUGCUCAGUGUCCUGCUCUGCAAAUUCCUAGCACUUCUCCUCAAGACUGGCUGUUAAAGACACAACUCACUGAGACCAUUAUGAGUUCAGAUGUCCCAAAUCUUCCCACAUUUAACAUGGAGCAAGUAUGGGGGAAGUUGGGAGAAUUGCACAAUUGGCUGCUACAGUCACAGAGCAAGGACAAUCCCCCUGAGAAGACUGAAGUCCGCACUCGGGAAAGCUCAAUUUCAAGCUCCUCUUUCUCCUUUGAAAAGUUAGAUUGUGAUGAUUUGGAUCUUCCGAAUGAUGAAGAGAUGGAUCUGUCCGAUUGGUUAGUCUCCCCUGCUCAAGCUGAACAGUUGGAGACUGAUGUUGUGGACAAGUGGAGGUUUGUCUUCCAACCAUUUGUGGAGGACUACAGUAUUGGUGAUUGGCUCCAUAAACUGGAACCCUGUGGUAAUCGCUGUGGUGGAAAAACAGCUUCUCUGGAAAUAGAAAAUCUAGGGAACCUCAAGUGCCUCCAUGAACAGCUUGGAGGAAAGAAGGCAUCAGGUUCUACCAAUGAAAUGUGGCUCCUACAACAGUCUCAGCCUCAUUUCAAGAUGGAAGAGGUCUGUAAAGCAAAUGAGCCCUGCUCUACCUUUUCCGAAUGUGUCUGUGAUGAAAGCUGUGAAAAAGAGGCUCUUAGGAAGUGGCUCUUAAAGAGAGAAGGAAAAGAUAAGAAUGGGGUCCCUCUAUGUCACGAGCGCAAGUCUAAAGACAAAGAAUGUGAAAAGUCAAAGCCUUCAGUUAACAUGUGGCUACGUCCCUGCAAAGCAGACUCUGAAGACAAUAACUGCACCAACAAGACAGAAGAAUGUGAACCCACCCUUAGGCUUUUUAAAGCUUUGCUUGACACUCCAUUAAACUGCUGGGUUGUCAAGACCAGCACAGCAGAGAGAAAGCUUGAACCUGAAACAACUGACAGUAAAUAUCAGACUCCCCUGGUAGAAACACUAUCUCCAUUCCAUUUGCCUCUAAAUGCCAGCAGCUGGGUGGUGUCCUCCAAGAACACAGAUAACACAGCAAAACCAGAGCAACCUGCACUGGAGGAUAAGUGGCUUCUGCGUAAAAAAGCACAUGAAUUUUAUGGCCUUCCCAGUGUUAGUGACCUGUUUGCCUGUAUGAAACUUGCAGCUGACAAAGAACAAUGGCUGCAUCGUACACCUAUACAGAUGUGAAGUCCUCAUGAUUCCAGCGCCACGUCACGCUAAUAAUGCGCACACAGAAAUCUAUGUGAUUUUCAAUUGUUCUCUUUUCUUUUGUCAUCAAAAGUGUUUUCCUGCCGAUCGUUAUUAUGUACUGAACUGUGACUUUUUAGAUGAUUUGUACACCUUGUACAUUAAAUCCACUACAGGAGAUAUGCGUACCAACCUGGAUACAAAUCAUGUGUUUUCAGAGAACGUUGUCUGCCUAACUGGUGGUGCAAUUUUCUGCAUCCAUAGUAUGUCAACUGUUAACCCUGAUGGUGGAACAUAAGCAGAUUUAUUAAUGCUUCUUAAUGCUUAUGAACCAAAUGUAUCACAGCGGCUCAGUUGGGUGCAUCUUGCUAGACACACUGAACACUUCUGUCUUUUAUGCCACCUCUAAAUUUGCUUAAUUACCUCCAUUAUUUCGGCAUUUAAGACACACCCUUUGUCUACACCGCACACACUCUUUAAAGAGUUACUAUUAUUAGAAACUACUUUUGUCAUCCCAGUCAGACAUGUUGAAAGUUGUUAAUCGCUCCUCCUGAGACCCCAUGCGACCCUUUAUUAGCCAAUGAAGGAGGCAGCAUUGGGCUCCACUUCUUGGCCAACUGAGAGAUCCAUACAUUUUCUCUGCAUAGAAGUCUAUGCAGAAAAAUGGGUGGCUCUCAUAGCUGUUCCGGAAUAGAGUGCAAUGCCGCCCACUUCCCAGGCCAAUGACUUGCUAUCGUGGCAGGUCUAAGCAUUAAGACCUGGUGCGAUCAGCAACUUUUAACAUGUGUGAUCGACAUGUGAAAAGUUGUUUCCAAUGACAGUAAUGUUUCAAGCCACAGCUCUUUUCAGGACAUGGUCUACUGAGAUACAAUACAUACUAAUGUCACAGGGCACUUUUUGUUUUUUAUGGCCUUAAAUGGGCAAAAUGUAGGUUUGUCAAUCUCUCUUAGAUUUUGGUUUCUCUGGCUGUAACACUAGCAAAGCCACCAUGCUGAACAAGCAACAUCAUCUCCUUGUGUGGGGCAGGUGUGCAAACCCAUUUCAGUGCAGAGCAUAUCUAAGAUAAAAAAAAAAAAAAACGCAGCAUCAAGUUGUGUUGCAGGUGCAUUGCAGUUUGUAACUGCAUCAUGUCCGUUUCCAAUAGUAAGGAAUGGGAAAAUGGAAUUGCAGUAUUGGGAACUGACGUGAUGCAGUUACAAACAUCACUGCAACCGGAUCGUGGUAGUUCCUUUAGGGAACUCUGAGGGAUGUAAUGAAUAGGAAGGAAGAAAACAAGUAUUUUUAUUGAAUUGUGCAGUUGUGGGUGAAAUUGUUGUAGCAGUAUGCUCCACUUUUAUUUUACAUUUGGUUUGGAAGUUGUGUAACUUCUAGCCACAUUUGUUUUACAUUUAAUGACACGAGCAGGAAAGAUGCUCUAGUCAUUCUCAUUUUAGCAUUUUGCACAGAAUGGUGGGAGAAGGCAAUUUCUUUUAUGUUUGUCCUUACCUCUUAGAUAUUAUAUACAUAUAUAAUAAUUUGUGUCAUCCCUGCUUCUAAAUAUCUGUCCAUUAACAGAGUAAGUAACCUAUAUAUUUUUAAUAAUUACGUUUUACUAGUUUUGGAGGCAUUUCUUCACUUUUCCAGUUUAACCCUUUUUUCUCGAGUUGAAGCCUGUAUCAUUGUUCUGUUUCCAUCAAUAAGAGAAUAUUAAGUGCAUAACUGCCAGGCUUUAAAAUAUAUAUAUAUAUAUAUUUGGCAACUAGGGGGGAGAUUUAUCAAGACCUGUCCAGAGAAAAAGUUGCUGAUUUGCUCAUAGCAACCAAUCAGAUCGCUUCUUUCAUUCUUCAGAGGCCUUUUCAAAAAUGAAAGAAGUGAUCUGAUUGGUUGCUAUGGGCAACUCAGCAACUUUUCCUCUGGACAGGUUUUGAUAAAUCUCCCCCUAGGACUUCUCAUUAGGUGGGUCCAUACUUAUCUGGUGCUUGAAAUUCAUCAGUUGAAGUGUUCUUUUGCCGACUUAUUAUGUGGAAUGUUAAGGUGCCAUGAUUUGAUUUCUUCAAAGUUAACGUUUUACUUUAAAUGACUUAUUAAUCCAUCUUAGCCCAAAUAAAAGUCUUCAAUGUAAAAUUUUACUUUACCGUUUAAUAUUCCAUUAAAGAGUUAUAGCAAUA